AUGAUGAGGGGCCACGGCGCAAUUUUUCGACCGAUGCGUAGCCUACGCAUCACACAGCCAUCGUAUAUUUGCCGACAAUGCAGAGCAAUUCAGAUCAGCGCUGCCCCGAGCACGGAAGCUCCGAGGGGCAGCGUCGGCGCCGGAAGUGAUGUGUUCGGGGCGCCAAUUGACCCUUCGCGAGAUAUGGCCGAUGCCAGAUUCGAGGUCCUCGGUUCGCCGUAUUCGAUGCUCUCGGUGACGUUGUCACCCUCGCAGCGCCUUUACACUAGACGAGGCACGCUCGUUGCACUCGCUGGCAAUCCCGAAGAUGCUCAAUCGACGCUGUCGAUUCUCAAUCCUCUUACCCGCGCCCCGCUCGGCGUUCCCUUCCUCUAUCAGCGCAUAUCCGCCGCAUCACCUGUCACGGCGCUCAUCUCGACGAAAUCUCCGACGACAACUUUCUCCGUCAUUCAUCUCGACGGCACGACGGACUGGCUAGUGACGCAGCGCAACGCGCUCCUCGCGUGGACAGGCCACACGCUGUCACCUUCGCCACGCAUGCAGACGAGCCUCAGCGUCGCGAACUGGGGCGCCACUUUCCUCACUGGCCGUGGUCUCGCCGCCGUCUCUGCGCCCGGCCAGGUCUAUCAGCUGACGCUUGCCGAAGGUGAGGAAUUUGUCGCACACCCGGGCAGCGUUGUCGCGUACUCGGUAUCGCGCCGCGCGCCGCGCCCGUUUCGCUUCAAGAGCGCCAGCUUCCGCCUGCAGGUACCGUCGGUGUCACGCUUUUUGCCCGAGCUGGCGUUUAUGAAGACGGUGCGCGAGUCCGCGGCGUACAGGUUCAUCGGCCGCAUCUUGUUCGGGCUGCGCACCAUGGCGCGACGGACCAUCUGGGGCGACCGCCUGUUUUUGCAGUUUCAGGGUCCGGCGACGAUCCUCAUGUCGAGCCGCGGCGUGCGCCUGGCCGACGUGCUUUCGAACCGCGAGGUGAAUGAGAUUGCGGACGCCCCGGCAGGGGCAGUGCGGGAGGCGCUAGAGCCGGCCAAGGUCGAGGAACAGGGCACGGCAAAGGUGGAAGAGCCGGCGUUCAAAGUGGCCGAGGUCAAGCGGGACGGCAAAGUUACGUUCGAGGACGGCAAGGACCUCAAGGAGUUUGUUCGCUAA